AAGGACCCAGAAGGAGCUAGCUAGUCAGGCUCGAAGAGCUGGAGGGAAGGCAGAGGGAGCGCCAAGCCAGGGCAGAGGUGAGGGCGCAGGCGAGCAGUCAGGUGUGGCAGCCGGGUUGAGCGCCAUGCGGGUGGCCACGCGAGAUGAGGGCGCCAUGUUUUGGAAGUUUGACCUGCACACGAGCUCACACCUCGACACGCUGCUGGAGCGCGAGGACCUGAGCCUGCCCGAGCUGCUGGACGAGGAGGACGUGCUGCAGGAGUGCAAGGUGGUCAACCGCAAGCUACUGGACUUCCUGCUGCAGCCGCCACACCUGCAGGCCAUGGUGGCCUGGGUCACCCAGGAGCCGCCGGCCAGCGGCGAGGAGCGGCUGCGCUACAAGUACCCCAGCCUGGCCUGCGAGAUCCUGACCUCAGACGUGCCCCAGAUCAACGACGCGCUGGGGGCAGACGAGUCCCUCCUGCACCGGCUCUACGGCUUCCUACAGAGCAGUGGCAGCCUCAACCCGCUGCUGGCCAGCUUCUUCAGCAAGGUCAUGGGCGUCCUCAUCAACCGCAAGACUGACCAGCUCGUGUCCUUCCUGCGGAAGAAGGACGACUUUGUGGACCUGCUGCUGCAGCACAUCGGCACCUCGGCCAUCAUGGACCUCCUGCUGCGCCUCCUCACCUGCGUGGAGCGGCCGCAGCUGCGGCAGGACGUGGUCAACUGGCUCAAUGAGGAGAAGAUUGUCCAGCGGCUCAUCGAGCAGAUCCACCCUUCGAAGGAUGACAGUCAACAUUCCAACGCCUCCCAGUCCCUGUGCGACAUCAUCCGCCUGAGCCGUGAGCAGGUGAUCCAAGUGCAGGACAGCCCAGAGCCCGACCAGCUGUUGGCCACCCUGGAGAAGCAGGAGACGAUUGAGCAGCUCUUGAGCAACAUGUUGGAGGGGGAGCAGAACCCAUCUGUCAUUGUGAGCGGGAUCCAGGUGCUGCUGACGCUGCUGGAGCCCAGGAGGCCCAGGUCCGAGUCUGUGAGUGUGAAUAACUUCCUGAGCAGUGUCGACGGGCAGCUGGAGCUCCUAGCCCAGGCAACACUGGACAGCGCCGUGUGCAGCGUGGGCGCCCUGCACGCCCUGCGUCCCCGGCUCAGCCACUUCCACCAGCUCCUGCUUGAGCCGCCCGAGCUGGAGCCGUUGCGCACGACAUGGGGCAGCCUGGCCCCGCCACUGGGCAACACUCGGCUGCAUGUGGUCAAGCUGCUGGCCAGUGCCCUGAGCGCCAAUGAUGCAGCCCUGACCCAGGAGCUCCUGGCGCUGGACGUGCCCAACACCAUGCUGGACCUCUUCUUCCACUAUGUGUUCAACAACUUUUUGCACACCCAAGUGGAGGUAUGUGUGAGCACGAUGCUGAGCUCCGGGCCGCCUGCCGACAGCAGCUCCGACACACCCAUCCAGAACCCUGUCGUGAAACACCUGCUGCAGCAGUGCCGCCUGGUGGAUCGCAUCCUGACCUCCUGGGAGGAGAACGACCGCGUGCAGUCUGCAGGGGGCCCUCGGAAAGGCUACAUGGGCCAUCUGACGAGAGUGGCCAACGCCCUGGUGCAGAACACGGAGAAGGGGCCCAACGCCGAGCAGCUGGGCCAGCUGCUGAAGGAGCUGCCGGAGGAGCAGCAGGAGAAGUGGGAAGCCUUCGUGUCGGGACCCCUGGCGGAGACCAACAAGAAGAACACGGUGGAUCUGGUGAACACCCACCACCUGCACUCCUCCAGCGAUGACGAGGAUGAUAGGCUCAAGGAGUUCAACUUCCCGGAGGAGGCGGUGCUGCAGCAGGCCUUCAUGGACUUCCAGAUGCAGCGCAUGACCUCAGCCUUCAUUGACCACUUCGGCUUCAAUGACGAGGAGUUUGGGGAGCAGGAGGAGAGCGUGAACGCGCCUUUCGACAAGACGGCCAACAUCACCUUCUCUCUCAACGCCGACGAUGACAACCCCAACGCCAACCUGCUCGAGAUAUGCUACAAGGACCGGAUCCAGCAGUUCGAUGACGACGAGGAGGAGGAGGACGAGGAGGAGGGCCAGGGCUCUGGGGAGUCUGAUGGGGAGGAUGGCGCCUGGCAGGGCAGCCAGCUGGCCAGGGCCCGCCUGGGACAGCCGCCAGGCGUGCGGAGCGGAGGCAGCACAGACAGCGAGGAGGAGGAGGACGACGACGAGGAGGAGGACGAGGAAGAUGGUGACAGCCGGGCGGCCCGCGGCAGGGCCAGGCCCGCCUUGUACCCCAGCCCUGGCCCCCAGCCACCAGGCCCCAGCUGGAUGGCUACCUUUGACCCAGUGCCUAUGGACACCCCCACCGGCCCCCAAGACUGCAGGGAGAAGGAGCCACACUCUGGGCCCCCCACCCCGCAGGGCCCCUGCAGUGUGCCCCUGGACCUCCCUGUCCUGAGCCUGGCUGGCCCUGCGGCCCCCAACGCCCUGCAGCUCAGGUCUCAGGAUCCCACGCCCCCCUCAGCACCUCAGGAAGCCACAGAUGGCAGCAAAGUAGCGGAGCCCUUGGCCCCCUGCCAGGCCUUGGUCAGUGUCGGGGACCUUCAGGCCACACUCAGAGGGACGCAUUCCGCCCCCAGCUCCUUGGACAGUGCAACCAGAGACCCUGCUACCUCUGUCCCAGCCCCCGGGGCCCACCAGCCCCCCCAGACCAUGGAAGGGCAGAAGAGCCCAGAACCCUCAGGGCUCCCACAAAGCCAGAGUGCCCUGGCCCUUGAGCCGCUCCCGAUGCCCAAUGGCUCUGCUGCAGGAGGGCCGGUGUCCCCAGGCUCCCAGUGA